AUGCACACGAACAUGAGAUUCAUGCGCACCUCAUCAUUCUUCGCAACCAUCUUCGGCCUCCAACGAACCACAUCCGCAGAACUUUCCUCCAGCAACACGACCUUCAAUCCCCUCCAAGGAAUCCAGCAAUUCCCAAUCUCGUCCUACAGCAGCAACAUGACGCGUCUGGCACCCGUCAUCUCGCUCUCGCACGGCGGCGGCCCCAUGCCUUUACUCGGCGACCCCUCGCACGCCGCCAUCACCAAGUCGCUCAAGACAAAGGUACCCAAGAUACUCAAAUUGGGGACGCCUGAAGCGCCGAAAGCCAUCGUGCUGGUAACAGCGCAUUGGAGCACGAGCAAAGUGACCGUAUCCAGCGGCUCGAAACACGAACUCCUCUACGACUACUACGGCUUCCCACCAGAGUCCUACGAGAUCAAGCAUGACGCGCCAGGCAGUCCUGAAGUCGCAGAGCAAGUAGCACAAGCUCUCAAAGACGCCGGUAUCGAGUGUGAAAAAGACGACAAAAGACGUAUGUCCUCCCUUAUCUUCCCUAUCCCCACAUUUUCUAACAACACCACCACAGCAUGGGACCACGGCGUCUUCGUCCCGAUGAAACUCAUCGACCCUACCGCCCACGUCCCCAUAAUCCAACUCUCAGUCCUCUCCUCCGAGUCCCCAACACAAUCCUACGCCAUCGGCCGCGCCCUCUCCUCGCUCCGCACCCAAAACAUCGCCAUCAUCGGCAGCGGCUUCGCUACAUUCCACAACCUACGCUUGAUGUUCGAUGGCACGUCACGGAAUCCAGAGUUCAAAGCGCUGAACAAGGAGUGGAGUGGAGCUGUUACGGAUGCGGCUAUGACGGAUAGCGAGCAGGAGAGGGAACGCAAGUUUGAGCAUUGGAGGAAGUGGCCGGGCGCUUAUACUAUGCAUCCGCGGGGUGGGGCGGAGCACUUUUUGCCGUUGAUCGUUGCUGCGGGGGCGGCUGCGGGGAGCAAGGGAAGAAGCUAUGCGGAUGAUUUUAUGGGGACGGAUAUGUGGAGUUAUUAUUGGGAUAAGUGA